AUGCCUUUUCGGUUUGGGACCCAGCCAAGGAGGUUUCCAAUGGAAGGAGGAGAUUCUUCAGUGGUACUGGAACCUGGGCUGAGCUCUAGUGCUACGUGUAACAGGAAAGAGACUUCACCUAUCAGAUAUUUUAUGUAA